AUCUGUAGUUAUUCUGUGAAAAUAAAAAUGUCGGUGGAUUGUUAGUGGCGGUUUUUAUACAAAUGAAAAUAUUGUGAAAUUUGUUUUCAAUGUGGACCGAUUUAUUACAGGCAAAAUAUACUUGAUGUGCUGCUAAAAACAAUACAUAUUCUAGUAGGCACCGUACAUUGAAAAGUACUUCUAUAUUGACGCUAUUCAGUUACAUAGUGACGCACUAGUAGCGUUACCCAGCAGAAGCUAUUUGGAUCGUUGUUGAUAUAGUCUAUAAAGCCAAAAUUUAUGUAUUUAUAAGUGCUGUAUUUCAAUGGAGGAAAGUGGUGCCCAAGAAAAACAAUCCACUGCAAGGCGCAAAUCAAUUCAAAAAAAUUCAGAUUCACCUACUCCAGAGGAGCCUCCGUCAUCAAUUAACGGAAAAGAACAGGAAAUGAUACAAGAUAAGGAAGCAGAGGGUGAAAAAGAUGAUAAAACAGAGGCAAAUGAAUGUUCCGAUGCUAAAGCAGCAGGUGAGAGUAAGGAAACUAGUGAACAUUCUAAGACAGGUCGUAAACGUAAAGCAAGUGAAAUGAAGUCUGAUGAUGGCAUCUUUGAUGAACCCCCUGUUAAAGAAAAGCCACAAGUUCAAGAUAAAUUAUCAGAACAUGAAAAAACAUCUACAGAUUCUGAAAUGGAAACAGAUGAUUUACGUGGCAUAGAGGAGUCGUUAAGAUCGGAAUCUGUAAAUGCUUCAUGGGACCAGACGUUUGGAAAGGGUAAAAGAGCUCGCAUUCCAAAUAAGAGAUAUAGUGAUUUUCCUCUGACACCUUCAAGGGUAAAGUCAAACAUUACUGAACACAUUGACCAAGUUCAUAAUGGGGAGGCAAAAGAAAAUAUUGAAUCUGAAAGCGGAUCGACGUCUGAUUUGUCUGGUUCAAAAUCAAGUCAUACAAGUAGUCCAGCUGGUUCCGUUUACAAGAAAACCAAAGCACCCGUAAAUUUGAAUAACCCAGAUUUUUUGAAACCGUUCCAGUAUGGUUGGAAAAGAGAGCUAGUAUAUAGAGCUACAACGGAUAAUCUGAACAAGAGAAACGGUGACAUAUAUUACUACACACCCAGCGGUAAGAAAGUACGCUCAAUGAGAGAGGUCGCAGAGAAUCUAAAGGAUCGAAAUUUAUCGUUGAGUAAUUUUACUUUCUUUAAAGAGCCUUUAGGUUUGAAUGACCCAGAAAAAGAAACAAUACGGGAUGCAAAAGUUAAGUCUGGCUCUGAAAAGAAAUUUGUUGCGGCCUCGUCCCGCACUACAAAAUCAUCAGGUACUUCAAGUCCGGCAGUUUCAUCACCUGUACUUCCUACAUCGAUUACAGAAACUAAAGAACCAACAGCAGCAUUAGAAGCCCCCAAAAUUACUGAACCUGCAACGCCAAAACAAAAAAAGAAUGUAGCAGCUAACUUGAAGGUUAAAUUGACACCGUCAAAAAGCAAAGCUGCUAAAGCAAAACCCAAGAAGAAAGAGGAGGAAUUGCAGAUGGGGACUUUACCACCGACCUGGCAAAGUCCACCAAAGAAGAGUCCAACAAAGGCUACCAGUGACAUGGACAAAAGGUGUCAGCCGUGUUCGAUACGUUGCGAAGGCGUCUCGGGUCCAAUACCGAAUCUCCAGUGCCGCAUUUGUUUGUGCUUGUAUCAUAACGAAUGUGUCGGCCUGUCGCCGCAUGUGGCCAUUGCAGAUUAUGUGUGCAAGAACUGCCAGCUUGGUCCGGAUGAGAGUUCAGCCUCUGCGUCAGCAGUGGGCCCACCUCCUCCUCCUCCACCACCUCCUCUCACUCCCGUUAACACUAUAAAGACGUUAUCGGUUGCAGCUACCGCGUCUUUACCAAAACUUCAAAGAAUUCCUAAGCCAAACGAAUUGACUACUUCCGUUAACGUAUCGUUAAAACCCCCUCCGUUAAAACCCGCCCCAACUAAUAUAUCCGAUCCUAUCCCCAGCUCAGACUUGCCUAAGCUAACCCCACGACCCGGAAUCAUAAGUUCGAUAGUUCAAAAUUCCGCAAAAACCCCUGAUACGGUUCCUAUUUCUGAGUCUAAAAGUAUCGUAGGUUCAGUAACUACUUGGUUUCCCCCAAGUUCAACAAUUCAAGUUAGUCAAAGUUUAGAUAACGUAGAAAACGCAAAUGCAACUCCUCCACCACCUCCACGACCUCAAUUUGUUGAAUAUUUUGGUAACAAGAAGUAUCUAGUAAUUCCCAAACAUAAUGUUGUCAACGUUUCACCCACUAUUGCCGCAACGGCUACAACACCAUCAAGCAGACCCGCGAACGUAGAUAGUUGUGAGGGUGGCGUUGUAGGCUUUAGCGAUACCGAAAAAACAGCAACGGAAGCUUCUUCAGGGGCGGAAACAGCUCCGACGGCGGUAACACCUGGGGGAGCUAAUAUGGAAAAUUUAGAUGCCGUAAUCAAAUCGGAACCAAUGUCUCCUAUAAGCAGUGAAAGUGUGACAAAUUUGACCGAUUUGAAUCAAUUAAACCUUUGUUCUGAUACUAAAAUUCCUUGUGAUACUCCUCCCUCUCAAGUUAUUCAUGAAGAUAAUGGAACGAAUGCGGACGUAGAAAUUAAGAGGGACAAUGGAGAAAACGAAGCUGAAUCAGAAGCGGCGGAGAAUAAAAGAAGUUCCAAACGUCUAGCAAAAUCAGCUCAACAACAAAAAUUCGAUACAACGAAAUCGCCGGAAAAACAGUUCAUGGAUAACUUUUUGCAGAAUCUGUCAUUUGGAUACAAAACUCUUUUGUGCGUGUUUCAAUACUUAAAAAUGCAAGAUUUGUUGCGUGCAAGUUGUGUGUGUAAAAUGUGGCGUGAUAUCGCCAGCCAUCCCUCUCUUUGGCACACAGUACGAAUGAAGAAUUCACAAAUACACAGUUUCGAAGGUCUUGCAGACGCAUUACAAAUUCAUGGUACAGUGCAUUUGGAUCUUCGUAAGAUGCUGUUACCUGGAAACGGAGAUGAAAUUUGGCCUGAGUUUUCGAGGGCAAUUAAGAAAGUUGAAACGUUAAGAAAGAUUGAACUAUGCCGUUGCCCUGCAACGGUUGUAGAACAGUUGGCCCUAAGUAAUCCAAAAUUAGAAGUGAUCAACGCGGUUACGAUAAAAUGCGAAAGCAUGGGAUUAGCACCGUUAGUUUAUUUAAAAUGUUUGCAAGAAUUGAGGCUGAAAUCGACCGCUGGGUUUUCUUUAACUUCUGAUCUGACAGCUCUUAGCGAUCUAAAACAGCUUAAGCAUCUUUCACUCACGUCAAUUAAGGACUUAAACAAACUUAAUAUCGAUGUAAUUGCAGAUUUAUCGAAUUUGGUAUCUUUAGAGCUUGGAGAAUGUUCAGAUUUUCCAAAAUCAUUUGGUCACGAUAUUUUGUCGCGGUUGCACAAGCUGGAAAAACUGCGCUUAGAAAAGGGCCAGGGAAACUGUCACACGUUUGACAUUUUAGACGCUGUUAAAGGGAUGCCGCAAAUGGAACAACUAGAGCUUGUCAAUUUUGACAUUAAACCCGGUUUCGACAAAGCCCUGGGAGCAUGUACUAAUAUUAAAAAAUUGCUGAUAAUACCGACGUACAUAUCACAGAGCGCUACGACAAAUCACAUGGUCUUAGGAGGAGUGUUACGAUUACGGAAUACACUCUUACAUUUUGUAUGGGGCGUGACGUUAGAACUUUUGAGGGUGACUGAAUUGUUUGUGGAUCAGUGUGAAGAUCCGGAUAAAAAAGAAAAGAAAGAAAAACGUUCUGUUGGUAAUGGCGAUAGCAUUCCGGUGCUUAAACCGGUACCGUUAUUGAAGGAAGGGCAAACAACAUUAGACAUCCCCCCCGCACAAGAUCCUCCCCAAGUAGAGAUAUUGCCGCUACCCAAUUUACAAAAGUUGCUGUUACAAAGCUUGCCAACGACUCGUGUUAAAAUUUUGAAAAUACCCUUUCACGCUACGUGGCGGCAAAGUAUAACGGAUACAGUGAACUGAUGAAGUAGGUGUUAUUUUUUGACGAGUCAUAUCGUAAGCUGUUCGUACGGUAGAUCAUAAUGACGUCCUACGUUUAAAGGUGCAAAGUGAAAAAAAAAGAGCAAUUAUAAACUUACUGAACCACAUGUUGGUAAUCGGUUAAGAGUGUAGAUAGAACUACAAUGUUUUUAUGAAAGUAAUUAAUACAUACAUAUAAAUAUUAUUAAAGUAGUAUAUAGCUAUUAUGUUGAUUAUGUUUCGUCUUUUGGUUUCCUUUUGUAGCUCUAUGCAUUAUGCCUCUUGAAGACCACACUUCAAAUUUCACCAUAAGAGUAUAUAUGAUCGAAUUAAUUCAAUGGUUUUUCUUGUUUUUCUUUUUUUACAUUAAUAAAAUAUGAUCUCAUAUUUAAAUGGUUGCCUUAUAUUUAAAACAUUUUAGCUUUUUUUUUUGCUGAACGUAAUGAGGAGGAUAAACUAUAAAUCGCAAUGAUUAUAACGGACCAUCAGAAUUUGACUUAAUUAUUUGUUAAUUCACUUUAAGUUACUGUUGUAGAAGAGAAUUU